CACCCUCCCUCUUCUCCGCUUCUUCAAACUAACCUUUUCGCACGUGCGCCGGCCCCGUUCUCUCCCUAUAAAACCCCCAACAUUGACGCCCUUUUCCUUCUCGUGCUUCUCGUCUUCCUCUUCGUCGUCUUCCUCCUCCUCGUGUUCUCGAACAAUGGGCUCCCUCUCCGCUGCCUUGCCGCCUCUCCCCUACCCUGCUGCUCGCCGGAAUGAGUCUGUCGUUGAUGUCUUGCAUGGAGUCGCCGUUGCUGAUCCUUAUAGAUGGUUGGAGGAUCCGGAUGCGGAGGAGGUGAAGGGGUUUGUGGAGGCGCAGGUGGCGAUUACUGACUCGGUUCUGGCUGUUUGCGAGGAUCGGGAUCGGCUCCGGCAACAGAUUACGACCCUUUUCGAUCAUCCUCGGUAUGAUACGCCGUUUAAGCGCGGUGGAAAGUACUUUUACUACCAUAAUACUGGGCUUCAGGCGCAGAGCGUUCUCUACGUUCAGAAUGAUUUGGAUGGUGAGGCGGAGGUUUUGCUGGAUCCGAAUGGGCUUAGUGAGGAUGGGACUGUGGCGCUCGCAACGGGAGCCAUCAGCGAGGAUGGCAAGUAUUUUGGGUAUGGACUUAGCUCUAGCGGGAGUGAUUGGGUAACAAUUAAAGUAAUGAGCAUUGAGGAUAAGAAAACUCUCCCUGACACGCUCUCUUGGGUGAAGUUUUCAUCCAUUAGCUGGACGCAUGAUGGGAAAGGGUUCUUUUACGGCCGCUACCCGGCGCCAAAGGAGCAUGGUGAGUUGGAUGCAGGAACAGAGACGAACAUCAAUCUUAACCAUGAAUUGUAUUAUCAUUUCUUGGGUACAGAACAGUCGGAGGAUAUAUUGUGUUGGAAUGACCCUGAGAACCCGAAAUACUUGUUUGGCUCACAUGUAACCAACGACGGGAAGUAUCUUCUUCUAAGCAUUUCGGAAGGAUGUGAUCCUGUGAACAAGCUAUACUACUGUGAUUUGUCAACACUUCACCAGGGCCUUGGAGGUUACAAGGGUGGUGAAAGUUUGCUCCCCUUCAUCAAGCUUGUCGACAAUUUUGAAGCAAGCUAUAGUGCUGUGGCUAAUGAUGACACAGAAUUUACCUUUCUCACAAACAAAGAUGCUCCAAGGUAUAAGUUAAUUAGAGUAAACAUCAACGAGCCUGGAAUUUGGACUGAUAUUUUGCCAGAAAGUGAAAAAGAUGUUCUGGAAUCAGCUUGUGCUGUUAAUGGCAGCCAGCUUUUAGUAAGUUACCUGAGUGAUGUCAAAUAUGUCCUACAGUUACGGGACUUGAAAACAGGGAUCUUGCUGCAUCAGUUACCAAUAGAUAUUGGCAGUGUAACUGGAAUUUCUGGUCGGCGUGAAGAUAAUGAGGUGUUCAUUGGUUUCACAAGCUUUCUGACACCUGGUAUCAUCUAUAAGUGCGAUUUAGCAACUGAGGUGCCAGAGAUGAAGAUCUUUCGUGAAAUUCUAGUACCAGGAUUUGAUCGAUCAGAUUUCCAGGCUAAACAGGUUUUUGUGCCUAGUAAAGAUGGGACCAAAAUACCAAUGUUUGUUGUGUCCAAAAAGGAUAUUGUUCUUGAUGGAUCACAUCCAGCUCUACUGUAUGGUUAUGGAGGAUUUAAUAUUAGCCUCACCCCAACAUUCGGCGUGAGCCGUAUUGUUCUCAUGAGGAAUUUAGGUUUUGUGUACUGCGUUGCAAAUAUCCGUGGUGGUGGAGAAUAUGGAGAGGAGUGGCAUAAAGCAGGAUCACUUUCGAGGAAACAAAAUUGUUUCGAUGACUUUAUUGCUGCAGCAGAGUUCCUUAUUUCUUCUGGCUACACCAGCUCAAAGAAGUUGUGUAUUGAAGGAGGGAGCAAUGGUGGGCUUCUCGUUGCAGCUUGUGUUAAUCAGAGACCAGAUCUUUAUGGAUGUGCCCUUGCUCAUGUGGGUGUGAUGGACAUGUUGCGUUUCCACAAAUUCACAAUAGGUCAUGCUUGGACUUCUGAUUAUGGUUGUUCUGAUAUUGAGGAAGAAUUCCACUGGCUAAUCAAAUACUCUCCACUUCACAAUGUAAGAAAGCCUUGGGAAGAACCUGCUAGUAAAGCUUGUCAAUACCCACCGACUUUGUUGUUGACUGCUGAUCAUGAUGACCGAGUUGUGCCAUUGCACUCCUUAAAGUUACUAGCGACAAUGCAAUAUGUCCUUUGCACUAGCAUAGACAACAGUCCGCAGACUAACCCAAUAAUCGCUCGCAUUGACCGUAAGGCAGGCCAUGGCGCUGGUCGUCCAACUCAGAAAAUGAUUGACGAAGCCGCCGAUCGUUACAGCUUCAUGGCCAAGAUGACUGGGGCUUCUUGGAUUGAUUAAUGCCAUUGGAUACGUGCAUUUUCUUACAUCUCAUGCAUGAACAUUGUUCUUACUAAAUAGAAGCCUUUUUUUUGUUUUUCGUGUUUGCAAUCCAUUGUUCAUCUUUGAAAUUUAUUAUGUUAAUUAGAAUAGAAGGGGUGUUGGUGCCAUAGCAUUUUAAACACUAGUCUUGAUAAUUGAUGGAUUGGAUUAUCAAGUGAUAAUGGGAAAUGAAUUGUUUAAUUGUCUAUUAA